AUGAACUUUGAGUUGGAUCUGAACUGCAAUCCAGACCUGCCCCCUUGCUUCCUGAACAAAUUGCGACGCUCGGCCAGCGGCACAGUUACUAGCUAUGAUCUGGGCCGGACCCCUGGAAUCAGAGUCUUCCUUUGCGGGCGGGAUGGCCAAAGACCCAGCCAGCUCUCUGCAGAGGGCCAGAUCGCCGCCCCGACGCCCAGCCUCCAGCUUGCCCGAUUUAGUAACCCCAAAUCGCGCACCUCGCGACUGCUGAUCCAGACACCCCCACCCCCACCCCAUGGAAUUAUUUGCCAGAGACGGCGUCUCCCAGAAGGACAAACAGGUGCGCCCAAGGGCGCGCGUCUCCCGUGCGUCUACCUGAGCCGCUCCGGAGCAUCCGGUCCCGGAGCGAAGGAAACUGGCGCGGCCGCCCGGUUCCCGGCACGGCCACGCCCACGCCUCCCUGCAGCGGCCCUAAACAGGUUUCUUCACUUUCCCUGGCUCAGCUCCUGCCGGGGGCGAGAAAGAGAAGCUGGUUGCUCAACUUGCCCGAAAGUUGUUCUGGUUCUUCGGCCACCUAUCGACCGACCGAUCAGCCAGCAGAGACAGCAGAAAAGGAAAUGCAUGAACGUGCAGAACGGCACUAUCAGUAAGAGGAAGAACAAUGGAGCAAUGGCAGGAUUGCAGUUGUUCUGCGUCAGCUCAUCAAGGGAGACCUCUCCGAGGAGGCAUGUGGACUCAGGCCUGAGGAAGGGGGAGAAGGAAUUCUUCCAAAACCUGGAGCAAGAGAAGAGCGCAUGUGUGAAAUAUCUGAAGCAAGAACUUACUUGGAAAGUUCUAGCAACAGACCAGGGGCCCCUGAGACUGCCACACACUGAGAAGUGGAGAGACUGUUGGGGGAGAUCAGAAGGCCAGCAAGUCUGCCAGAAGGUUCCCAUGAAGCCCGGUAGACCACAGCAAGACACACAAAUGACUCUUGAGUAUGACAAGAGGCCAAUGGAUGGAGCAAGACGGAGGGCAGUAGGAAGGAGUGGGUUUAGGGAAGGCUGGCCCUACCUGUAGAAUCAAGCAAAAGGUAGCUCCUGCUGCAAAGUCCUGGAACAGAACCUGGUAGCUGAGCAAAAAGGGGAGAGAAAUCCUAGCACAGAGAUAGGGAGAGAAGAAAAUAAAAGGAGAAGAAAAACGAAGUCUUACAGAAAUGAACAUGCUUUACACGUGAAGCUAGAACUCCAUCCUUAAUUCCCAACUGAAAGACACUAGGAUUGGGAAAGGGGAUAAAAGUCAACUUUUAGGCCUGGCACAAUAGUGUAGUAUAUAAAUCCUCACAUUGCAUGUGCCGG